UCAUCGUAGGGAGCAUUAUCUGUAGCAAUGUUUUAAAGACUCUCGCAUGAAUAAGAAAGACAUUGACAGACAAGUAUAUUGGAGACGUAAAGAUCUGUAUUUCUGGAAUAGUAAAAAUGAAUCUUUCUCUAAUCGAAUUUUCAAAAAAAGAUUAUAAUUAUAGUUUUAUAUAUAAGGAUAAUAGCAGUGAAACAUAUGGAUUUAGCGGUAAUAAAACUGAGGACUACGAUCCGACUCCAACAGUAGUUUUCCUGGCAACUAUCUUCCCUUUCAUGGUUGUAGGAAACAGUCUGGUUCUAACGCUGAUUCUCAGAAAAAGAGGACGUAAAAACCGGGUGGAUAUUUUGUUUGCAAACACGGCAUGUGCAGAUCUCUGCGUGGCAUUGUUUCUGGUAUUAAGUGACCUGUUCUGGCACCAGUCUAAAUAUUGGUACAUCGGUACGGCAAUGUGUAAACUAGUAAAAUAUUUUGCAACGGUUGCUACAUACAGUUCUAACUACGCCAUUGUCGUUUUAAGCAUAGACAGAUGUUUAAGUGUUGCCAGGCCAAUGCAGUCAAUUUCAAGAGGUGUAAAAAGCUGCAGAGUGUACAUAGGAAUCGCUUGGGGUCUCUCAUUUCUGUUCUCGAUAAAAAUAGCGUUUUUGUUUCGAAUCCAUUAUCCAGAUGGACGUCCCCAGUGUGGAACUAUAGCUAUGAGUCCAGCUGAAUGGCAGAUUUACGUUACACUAGCAGCUAUUGCUAUGUUCCUGAUUCCCGCCAUUAUUAUAACCAUCUGUUAUACGAUAAUCGUCGCCAUUGUUUGGAAAAAAUCUGAAUUUAGACUAUCAGACAGAGGUGCAGCAACGAAUCUUACUACGACGAAUGUCAGCUCUCAGACAACUGUCCCCGUAGGUAGACAUUCAAUAUCCCGUGCCAAAAUCAAGUCCAUCAAAAUGACGUUUGGUAUUGUCAUUGCCUUCAUCGUGAGUUGGAGUCCCUACUUUAUAUUUAACAUCCUCGUGGUAUAUGGUUACAUACAUGUAUCGGAUUCUCAGACCUACCAAGUUUCAGUGCUAUUUCAGACGUUUGCGCCAAUUAACUCCGCACUGAAUCCUGUCAUUUUUCUGAUAUUCAACGGCAAAAAAUACCUUAAAAUGUGUAAAAAGGCGGAUCCCUCUAAAAUAGAGACAAAGGAGACAAACUUUUAUUCUCAGAAUAAUACUCAUUGACACCAGAAAAGUCUUUAUUUCUGGUCUAGUUGUUAAACUCAGGUCAUGUGAUGUGACAUUGCCUAUGUUGGAAAACGGUGAAUUUUAGAAGGGUGACUUUGCCUAUGUUGGAAAACAGAGUAUUUUAGAAGACAAACUAGAAACUUCAAUCUCUCAGAAGCGGUUCAACUGAAAGAAAGAUUGUAGCUGAUAAGACAAAACUACAAUAUUUAUAUUUGAUACUUCAAGCACGAUAAUGUGAACUAGACUGGACAAAUAAACGUACAUAAGCAAAAGUAAUUAGGUAAAUUUGACCUAGUUUAUGAUUCAUAAGACUGUUAUUGAUAAUUAACAUGUACUAUGUAUUGGAUAUCUGCACCAUUAACGACACCCCUAUGUCUGCUCUGUCCGGAAGUUUAAGGGGCACAUUUGAAUGGUAUGAUAUUGAAGAUCAUAUUUAUGAAUUUUAUUAUACCGGGUAUUAUUAUAUUUUUUCUUCAUUUGAAAUUAUUUAAUUUUUGAUAAAUUUAACGUUUACUGCUACAAUUAAGCACAUACAUGAAGAUAUAGAAAACCACACAAGUUUGCUUGAAAUAUAUAAAAUAACAAAGAUUAUUAUGUGCAGCUGGUUUCUACGCUUAAAAAAUGAUUUUGAUCUUGUUUUUACCCCUACUUAGCUUAUUUCUAAUUACACUGUCAUUUAAGAAUGUAAUCAUGGAAGCAAAUGGAACA